ACGAAGGCUUAUGGUGCAGUCUGAGGCCAUGGCCAACCUCAGCCUCUUGGAACCCCUCCAACUGUCAUAGAACCCGCCCCACCCCCAGCUGCUACCUAGCCCAAAUCCCUGAGUGCUGUCUGGGGACAGAGAAACAGAGAGCUGGAGCCACAGACAGAGGGACACACAGCCUUAGAGUCAGACUGACAGGUAUCCAGGAGGCCGUGGGCAUGCCUGGAAGCAGAGGCAGAUGCGAAUUGAGUACAUUCAGAGACUAGCCCCAUCCUGCUCUUCAACAUGGACCAGAACCCCUCUGGCCGCCAGGGCAAAGAAACAGCAGCUCCCUUCGGCAGGCAAGAUGAAUCCCAAGUCUCUCUGAAAGUGACCUCGAGCUUCCAAGAUGCCACCCAAGGUCAGCAAACUGACAUGCUGGCACCUAUGCCCAUCAUCUACACUCGCAAAUUCAGUGGCAUGGAACCAUACACACCCACACCUAGCCGAAGGGUUAGCAUCCAGGAACCACCAGCAUCUAUCUUUCUCCCUCGCAGGAUCAGUACACAGAGUCCAUCCCCAUCCACCAUUCUCCCUCGAAGGUUAAGUACUCAAGAGAACCCUCCUCAGGGUUUCCAGUCCAUCACCAAAGACAUACAAUCUGUGGCCUACAAUCGCUGGCUCAGUUCCAGAGAGACUUCUUCCCUUUACCCGAAUCGCCGACUGGGCAUCCUAAGCUCUCAUACCCUGUCCUGUGGCCAGGAAGAAACCUCAAACUUACAAAUCGACACUGAAAGUCACUCCUCCAUGACCCAGGCAUAUGGCCUCAACAGAAAACAAAUUCGGCCCAGUGUGGAUGUUCCCCCAUCCAUAACCCAGAGCCCAGAGGCCAGCAUCAGAAGUUUGGAAGCCUUUCUCUGGGACUCCAAGGACAACUUGAAAGAAAUCACAGAGGACUCUGAGUCCAGUCACAGCUCCUCAAGACUGUCCAGCAUUUCUACUACAAUAAACUCUAGCAGGGUUCAGAGCAAAUGCUGGACACUGCUUCCCAUAGGCUGGAGGCUGCUGCUCGAGGCCAAGAAGAUCAGCAGACACCUCAGCCUGGUGCUGACUGUGGCCGGCAUGGUGAUUCUCAGCCUCAUCGCCCUGUGGAAACCCUGGAUCCACUUCCAAGUGCCUCUAACGCCCCCAGGGGACCCUGCUGGCCCCAAAGCCAUCCCCAUCGACACCAUCUUCUUCAUGCGCUGCCCUGACAUCUCCUGCAUGAAUGAAUAUGACAAGAAUGCUUAUUUGCUGGAUAUGGCCUGGGCCUGCCUCCUCAUCUCCGGUGUCAUGAGUUUCUGCGUGUGCAUGGGUCUCGUCAGCACUAUAUUCUUCCCUAGCACCAGCCUGCCCUUGAUGGACUUCUCUCUCUUCAUUUGCAGCCUCAUGACAGGGAUCAACAUCAUUUUGGGGGUCCUGUUCUACCUGAUGCAAGCCCGAAAGUUCCUACAGGAAGGCAUGACCUACACACUGGGGAGCAGUUUCUACCUUGCCUGGAUCAAUGUCUUCUUCUUCUUAAUGACUGGUCUGGCUGGGCUCUGGUGUGGCCUCAGUGGUGCAGACGGUGUUGUGGGGAUUGUUGGGAGGCAGGGUCUCUUCUCCUAUCUGAACUACAUCAACUUCUGGUCUAUCCUGUCACUCCAGGCCAUAUGGUCUUAAGACCUGACUAUGAACUAACACUGAUGGUCUGCUUAGGCUGUCAACUGCCAAACAAUCCAUCCCUAUACUCAAGUUAUGUAACUUCCGACUCCCUUCAACCCAGAAGACUAAUUUAUAUUUUACAGAAAAAUAUCUUCUUGACAUGGCUCUGUAUGUUGAACUGCCAAAUUCCCUUGUCCCCUACCCUGUCCAUCCUUAUCCUCCUAAGUAGAGGGAUAAAGAAGAGACUCAAGGGUAAAACAUUAAAGGUCAGAAAACCCUGGGGUAAGGGUCCUUGGCAAACAAA